GCACGACAUCAGGCAGAACACGGUUCCAGGGAUCAGAAAACUCAGUCAGAGUGAGUCCUCUGUAUUCCGCUCCUUGAAGCAUCCCGCGCAUGCGCUGCUAGAAAACAGGAAGUAAACAAACAGUAUCGCUUCCAGCCCGCGUGCAGCCGCAGAGAGGACGCUUCAACGACAAACUGAUCGAGUGCCUGAUCGAGUCUGCGCAUCCUUCUCCAUCACCUCUUCCUCCAUCACUUCCUGCUAUCAUGAAACUUGCAGACUCCGUCACACCCUUCCACCAGAAGAAGAGGAGAAGGUCAGUUAGUCUGGAAGAAUGUCCUCCGCCUAUCGACAUUGAAACACCUGAGAGAGUAGUGAAGAAGAAAAAGAAACACACGAGUGAGGAAGAGGAGGUCCGACCUCCUCCCGGUGAUGAAGGCACGAGCAGUCUGAAGGAGGAGGAGGAAGAAACACGGGUCGUAGAGACCUGCAAAAUAAAAAAGAAGAAGAAAAGUCGCAAUAAGGGGCCGAGCGAGAAGAGUAUCAUCAUGAUUACAGACUCCAACUGCAGAGAAACUGACUCCUCAGUGUCCAUGGAAACCACUUACACAGCGAUAAAGGUAAAAAAGAAAAACAAGAAGAAGGGAGGUGGGAGUGUGAUGUCACAGGAAAGAGAGACUUUGGGAGAGAAGAAGAAGAGAAAAGAGGAAAUGAGGAGGGAGAUGAAGAGAGAAAGGAAGAAGACAGGAAGAGGAGGAGUAAAGAAGAAGAAAAGAAGAACAGCUGAGGAAGAAGAUCAGUUGGACUCGGUGUUGUUGGAGGAGCUUCAGGAGUUUGUUCCCGACGUCAAGAACAAAUCAAUCGAUCAGAUCAAUAAACUGCUGAGAUACGACCUGCACCGCUUCAAGACCUUCAAACAACAAGGUGUGCCUCUGCGUCGGGGGCGGUGCUCUCAGGAGGAGAAUCAGAUGAUCAGACAAAACGUGGCAGACUUCCUCAUGCUGACAGGAAUCAGCUCGGCCAAUCAGCUUCUGUUUCCUAAGAGAUUCAAAGAGCAGGAGGCAGAGAUCAAGAGGCUGAGGGCACGACAUCACUUCCUGGAGAGGAUCGCUGAGGGGAUCCCCCGAUCCUGUCAGCAGGUUUACACUCGAGCCAAGAAGAUUUUUGAUGAGAGUAACCACAUGGGAAGGUUCUCCGAGGAGGAAAUGCUUUCUCUGGUGAAGUUACAGAAUGUCCAUGGUAACGACUGGAAAACGAUCUCAGAGAAGAUGGGCCGCAGUGUCUAUGCUUUACAGAAGCGCUUCGCCAGCAUCGCUAAAGGUCGUGGUUCUUGGAGUCCAGAUGAAGUGUCCAGGUUAAAGCAGGCUCUGAAGGCUCACCUGGAGGUUCUGAUCCAGCAAAGUCCUGCAGGCUCUGGUCUAAGUAGAGACCAGCUUUGUAACAACCUGCCCUGGAAGGAGAUCAGUCUACAAGUCGGGACCAGAUCCUGGGUGCAGUGUCGACUCAAGUGGUUCUCCAUCCUGAAGUGUAAACUGUCAUCAGCUGGCAGCACCUUCAACAGAGGAGCUGAAGGACUUCAGGCUAAAAUCCACCUGAUCAACACAUUGUACAACAUGCAAGUGGAGGACGCUGCAGACAUCGACUGGGACGAGGUGGCGAACACUGUUGGUCAAGUGACUCCGGUGUGUGUUCAGAAGAGUUUCCACAGACUGAAAGUCUCCAGAGUUCCCAACUGGACCAGUUUAUCCUACGGAGACAUCAUCGACUUCCUGCAGCUCAGAGUCAUUCCUGUGUUGAAGGAGAAACUGCAGAACAGAGGGGAGGUGCAGCAGGAGCAGCAGGAGGACAGCUACCUGCUGUCAGAUGUCAUCAGCUGUCAGGAUGAGGACGAGGACUUCCUGGAGCUGGACAGCAGCCAGUUGACCUCCAGCCGGUCAGGAAGAACUGUUCAUUAAAACAGGAAUUAAAUAGUAGCAGGCCCAGCCCCUGCUUCAGUGUCAUUGGUUGUGUCAAGAGAAUGGACUGACUUCCUGUCUGCGGUGGACUGAAAUGUGAAGCAGAUUGAGUCCUGACAGGAAGUGGCUUUUAUUUUGAAGGUCCUGAUGACUUAAUGUUUCUGUAUCAAGCGUUUGAUAACCCUAACCCUGUAUAAACAGAUUGGUUACUGAUCAGUUAAAAGUGACAUUAAGAUUUUAGUUGAUUUGUUUAAAAAGUAGUUAAUGAACAGUUUGAAACUUAAUUAUGAAUCGAUUAGCUCGAAACAUCAUUUGAAUGUUUUCAAUUUUCCAAAUAAGAUCAGAGAUGGUUUUAAUCAGCUUGUCUGUAAUCAAUUAACAGUUAAAUGAAUAUUCAGUAAACAGAUAAGCUGCA